AUGGGUGGCCGCCGAAAAGCCCUCCUCAUCGGCAUCAACUACCUGGGCUCGCAGCACCAGCUGCAGGGGUGCAUCGACGACGUCUCCAACGUGGCCGAGUUCCUCGCCUCGCGCGGCUUCUCCUCCCACCCGGCCGACAUGGUGGUGCUCACCGACGACGCGCGCAGAAACGACCCCCGCGGCCCGUACUUCCCGACCGCGCACAACAUCCUCGCUGCCAUGCGCUGGCUCGUCAGCGAGCCCGGCUGCAUGUGCUUCCUGCACUACUCGGGCCAUGGCGGGCAGGUCCCCGACGAGGAUCAGGGGAGGAGUGGCUUCGCGGAUACCAUCGUCCCCGUCGACUUUGAGAGGACCGGCCAGAUCCAGAGCUCCAUGCUGCAUCGUGUCCUGGUCAGCGCGUUGCAUCCCAGCAGCACGCUGUUUAUCUUGUUCGAUUGCUGCCAUAGGAUUUCUUGGUUUCCGUCCGACAUCCUACACCUCCGUGGCUUUCUGUCCGAGUUUUGGUUGACGCUCAAUGCAGGGACCGAUGGUGACGGCAAUGUCAACCUGAUGGACAAUCUGAAAGUUGGUGCUGAGCUGAUUGGCGAGGCAUCCCACCUCAUCCGCGGGGACUUUGCGUUCGACAGCGCGGGCGAGGCGCGUCACCUCCUCGCCGGCGCGACCUCCUUCUUCCGCGGCCUCAAGCAUCAGUACGACGGCGACUACGACGAAGGGCUGCACGCCGUGGACGAAUUCGAGGAGGACUGGGGCCCCGAGAAUAAGUCGGUCUUUAUGUUUUCCGGGUGCAAGGACGAGCAGACGUCCGCGGAUGCGUUUAUCAACGGGCGGCAUGUCGGUAUGUUCUCCUUUUCCAGAUUUACCCGGGAAAUCGAAGUCCGGACAGAGUCGACCUUUGACACUGGAGAUGUUUUAUUCUGA